GCUUACAUGUCCACCUUUCUCCCUCCCCUCUCUUCCUUUCUUAUACCCCACUUGCCCUCCUCUUCUCAGUUUCUAAUUAAGCAGAAGCUACUCUUCUUCUUCCUCCUCUUCUUCUUGAGCUGUCCAAGCUAGCUACACCUACUAAACCUCCACUUCACAUACAAGCAGCUAGGUUCAAACCUAGCUUGCCUAGCUAAGCUUGAGAGGAAGAGGGUUUCACACAGAGUGAGCUUCUACCUCUGAAUCACUCUACCUAAGACAAGUUAGAAGAGAGAUACAUCAAGGGUCAAGCUGGCGAACAGGUCGUGGUGGUCGGGCCCCAUGGGCUUGCCGGAGCAGCCGUCCGGCUCGUCGGGCCCCAAGGCGGAGCUCCCGGUGGCCAAGGAGCCGGAGGCGAGCCCGACGGGGGGCGCGGCGGCGGACCACGCCGACGAGAACAACGAAUCCGGCGGCGGCGAGCCGCGGGAGGGCGCCGUGGUGGCGGCGCCCAACCGGCGCCCCCGCGGCCGCCCGCCGGGCUCCAAGAACAAGCCGAAGCCGCCCAUCUUCGUGACGCGCGACAGCCCCAACGCGCUGCGCAGCCACGUCAUGGAGGUGGCCGGCGGCGCCGACGUCGCCGACGCCAUCGCGCAGUUCUCGCGCCGCCGCCAGCGCGGCGUCUGCGUGCUCAGCGGCGCCGGGACGGUCGCCAACGUCGCGCUGCGCCAGCCGUCGGCGCCCGGCGCCGUCGUCGCCCUGCACGGCCGCUUCGAGAUCCUCUCCCUCACCGGCACCUUCCUCCCCGGCCCGGCGCCUCCGGGCUCCACGGGGCUCACCGUCUACCUCGCCGGCGGCCAGGGCCAGGUUGUCGGCGGCAGCGUCGUGGGGUCGCUCAUCGCCGCGGGCCCGGUCAUGGUGAUCGCGUCCACGUUCGCCAACGCCACCUACGAGCGCCUGCCAUUGGAGGAAGAAGAGGAGGGCUCAGGCCCGCCCAUGCCCGGCGGCGCCGAGCCCCUCAUGGCCGGCGGCCACGGCAUCGCCGACCCUUCGGCGCUGCCAAUGUUCAACCUGCCGCCGAGCAACGGGCUCGGCGGCGGCGGCGACGGUUUCCCAUGGGCGGCGCACCCCCGCCCACCGUACUGAUCGAUGGCAAUAGCAUGGAAGAUUCAUGGCGGCUAGCUCGCCGCCACCGGCAGCGGCGGCGGCGGCGAUGGCCUUCUCUUCUAGCAAGCUCUAGCUAGCUGCAUGGUUACUGUUCCAUUGGAGGACAUGAUGAUCGAUGUGAUGCAAGAUCAGUGGCGCCAUUAAUUAGGUUAGUACAUAUGAUGAAGUGGUGAGAUUAAUUAGCUACUACUGCUACUAUGCUGCUGCUACUUAAUUUGUUGUGGUGAAAUAAUUAAGGUAAGGUGAUGCUUGUGGUUUAAUUAAUUUGUACUUAAUUGAGCUAGCUAUCUAGCUAAAUCUAGCUCGGAUGAUGAUGCAUGCGAUGUUUCAAGUGUUUCUAAUCGAUGUUUUUCGGUUUAAUUUAGAGGUAAUUUGUCUGACAUUGUUGCAACUUGUGGCCUUUUCUAGCUUCUUUCCUUGGAAUUUGAUCUGUGCAA